GUUGACGUCGCCGCUUGAGGGUGGAGUUACCGCCUUACGUCAGGAAAUCAUUUCUAGCCAAGUUGUGGAGUGUUUCUCAGUUAAACAUGUAAACAAACAUAGUUUGGCUCGCUGGAACUAGCUAACGCUGGCUGUUAUCGUUCGUUGACCUCAUUAGAAACUUAAAUCCUCUAUAAACCGGCGCUAAGUGUUAGCUGUAGUCCGAACAAAGUUUUUGUAGUUGUUUAAAUCUAUCCCGCGCAACGUAGCGGACCGGUUGCAGCUAAGUUUGAUGAUAGCUAGUAACGUCCAUGCCGUCAGGUUGCUAGGUAAAUCAAUUUAGCGCAUAGGGCGAAUCGGCUUCAAUGUAUUCUCAGAGGCACUAUACCAUAAGUUAAUGGUGAAGACGUUACUGACGCGGACAGCUCACUUCCAACAACAUGGAGGCUUCUUUGGGGUCAAUGCUGAGCCCUGACCUAAGCUCUGUCCUGUCAUCCUGUGAGCCAGAGCUUCAGGAGCUGAUGAAGCAGAUUGACAUCAUGAUCAAUCACCAGAGGAGGGAAUGGGAAGCUGAGGUCAGGGCCUUGGAGCUCAGACUGAAAACUGGAGAUGAGGAGCUUUUAACCUCAAGGAACAUAAUUGACCGGAGGGACCUGGAGAUCGGAUUGCUCCGCCGACAGCUAGAAGAAGUUCAGACGGGUCGAAAGGAGUUAGUUACAAAGUAUGAGCAACAGCUACAGAAGGUCAGAGAAGAGCUGGAUAAAUUAAAGAGAAGUUACCAGAAGAUUCAGCGUAAACAAAUCAAGGAGACUAGUGGAGGAGCGAGAGACCAUUCAAAGGAAUAUCAUGAGCGCUCUGUGGACUGGGAGCAGCAGCGUUCCCAGCACCAAAAACACCUCAGAGUCCUGGAGUCCCAGAACAAGAGCCUGACUGAUGAGCUCUCACGCAUGAAAUUGCAGUUGGCAUCAAGGCAAGAAGAAAGAGAGCACAGGGAGUGCUGUUUAGAGGUGCAGUGUUUGCGUACUCAGCUAGAGAAGGCUCAGGGCAGCCUGCACUCACAGGAGCUGGAACUGGAGCGUCUGCGAGCGCUUCAGACAUGGCUGGGAGAGUACCAGGCAGAGCAGCAGCUGCUCUCAGAGGAACGGGAGGAGCUCCACGCCACACUGGACUCCCAGGAUGCAUUUGUACGGAGAACCAGUCUUGAGCACCAAAGGUUUCGUAAGGAAGCUGCCAGACUCAACCAAAUACUGGAAACUAAAGAUCAAGUCAUUCGCUCUCUGGAGGACUGCCUGGCAUCUCAAGGCUGUGCUAAUGUUGCAACCCUCAGACAAGAACUGGAGAAGACUGCUGCCAAGCUUCAGUGUGCCCAAGCUUGUGAGGUCCAGCUCAAGGCAGAGCUGGCGUGUCUCAAAGAGAGGCUGGAGAAGGUGAGCAGACAGAGAGGUGACCGAUUAAAGACAGAGCAGGAACUGAUGAACCUGAAAGUGGAAGGUGACCUCUCUGUUGCUGAAAUGAAAAAGCUCAGAGAGGAGCUUCACAGGGCCAAGCAGACCCACAGCGGUGAAUUAGAGGGAAUGAGGCAGGAGGUGUCAAAGCUGACCAGCGAGCUGCACCAGCGUGACCUCGCCAUCGCCUCCCUGAGCGGCUCCUCGCCCAACAUCAAGCAGCAGCAGCAGCUUUGUGGCAAUGUGGAGCGACCAGAACAGAGGAUGGCAGAGCUUAAAGCACAGCUGGAGACUCUACAAACCGAGAACCAGGAUUUGAAAGGUCUGCUGCAGAGACUGUACUCUCAAUCACCCACGAGCGGCAGCUCAGAGCGAGGUCCAAACUCUGCGUCUCCUCUGAGCAGAUUGGAACAAGAGAAUCGUCAGUUAAAACUGGCUCUUUCCAAGAUGCGGCCACAGCUUGAAGUGUCCACGGAGACCUGUCAGGACAAAUAUGAAAGAGCUCUGCUCAGUCAUGCCAUAACAGACCAACCAGCUCACGACAGGGCGCAGGAGGACAUGGUGGCCACGAAUGCUAAGCCGCAGGAGAACACCACUCACCAUGAAGGGGAAAUCCAGAGGCUCUUUAAAGAGCUGCAUACUCUGUCCCAGUCCCCCACAGAGCAGCCCUGCAGCCAGACCCACCACAGCAGGCCUCACUCUUCGUCAUCCUCCAGCAGCAGCUCCAGCACCACUAGACUGUCCAGGAGAAACUUGGUGUCUGUCCUAAGCACCAAUCAGUCUGCUGCUGAGGGACGGAGCUCAAGCUCUGAAGACUCUAUGACCAGAGACAAAAACAUUCCAUCCCCUUUUUCAGAGGAGCUUUUGUCAUUGUCGCCCAUGAACUCGGUGGUCACUCGUUUCCUGGAGGAAGAGAGCUUGUUGUCCAAGGAGAUGAUGCAGAAGCUGGACAGCCACAUCCAGAGCAUGAAAGAGGACAACAUGAGGACAGUGCACAGGUUCCUCCCUAAUGGCCUUGGACUCGAGUCUGCACAGGCCUCAGUGGUUGAGUCAUAGCAGCAGCAGCAGCAGCAGCAGCAGUGAUUGUGUUGUUGUGCUUGAUUAUGUUGCCAAGACUGAGAGCAGGCGGAAAGGUUUGUACCACACUUGACUGAACAUCUGUUUCUACUUUUCGUAUGGCAACUCAGACCUUAGACUUCAAGUGUUUCUGAAGAACUCUCAGAAUUACAUUUUAUACCAUUA